CUUCCGAGAGACAUUUUUAGAUUCAAGAUUACUUACGAGAUAUCAUCUCGAAGAUACUUCUACGGUUUCUUCUUCUCGUUGUUCGCCGUCGAGCUCUGUAUUUUCAGAUGGGGACUUAUAUUUGAUCUGACAAUUGCUCUUUUCUGGUGUGCUCUUAUCGGUAUUCUCACCUUUACUUCUUUCUGUAUUGGACGUUUUGAAAAUGAUAAAGGAUGGGAAGCCCAGGGUGUGCGCUGUUUGAUGACUGAUAUAAUUGAAUUGGACCCCGAUGAUGAUGUUGCAAAAUGGGACCUUACCGCAGCUAGAAUGAACCCCAUUUUUGAUGCUUGUAGCUGGUGUGCUACCCCAUAUUUUUUUUACGAUGGCAGUCACUUACAGUCGACUUUCAGAGCCCGCUAUCUCGUGCCACAUCUAACCGGCUUCAAACGGCUUGCUGACCUGCAACCCUAUGUUGAGGCUGUAGUGAACAAGUACUUGGAGAAUCUCAAUGCUCGAUUGCAACAAAUCACAGUGGGUAAUUCUCCUGGGGAUAGCAAAGUGGGGAGCAAGCCUGUCAUUGUUGCGACUGCUGCUGAAGAUGAGACCAAAUAA